GCCGCUUCCAUUGCCAGUCAAAUACAGUUGGGUGUGCGAGGGAAGGGGUUGCAUUUUCUCUUCUAAGGUGAAGGAAGGAGUGACUGGGGGAAACUCAAAACAGGUAUAGGGGUCUUUCUUGUCUUCUUCUUGUAGGAAGUAAUGAUGUGGCAAGAUCCAGGGACGGAUUAUGACAUGCUGAGACCCCCUAAGCUAUGUCAAGCAAAAGCUUAGAAGGCCCCAUAGCAUUACAAAAUGGGUCAGAAGCAGCCCCGCCCCAGCGUGUCUUUCACAUUCACUCCCCUUGCCGCGCUGCUCACGAUUACAGCAGAGUUCGCCUGAAUCGGUUGAAUGCUGCCUGUAACCAUGAUGGUGGGUGUGUUAGUCUAAACUGGGCCCUUGUCUAAUAAAGUGUCGAUGUAACUUACAUAAUAUACAGAUUUAUAAACUCAAAAUGAAAAUAAUAGUAAAGCCAAAAAAGUAUAUCAGAAUGAUAAUGUCUGUACUAGGGUUUCCCCACCUUUCAUGUUUAUUUCUCAGCCUGUUAUGUAAAACUUGAAAUUUAGUUAUUGUGUGGUAUUCAGAGGCCCCUCAAAAUGUGAAGCCUUCCGCUGUGACUUACUUAGCUUGUGCUUAAAACUGGCACAUAUUAGACCCCCCCCACACACACACAAAAAGGCCCUGUAAACUGGCCAUAGAGAAAACCAUCAGCUAAAACCAAUUAUACAGUCCAAUAGGAACCUCCACAGUGCUUUCACAACCAAGCCCUGAAUCUUCUUCUUAUGAAACUUAGCCUCUAAACUUGGAACCUCAAUAUUCAGUCCUCGCAGCUCACUAUAAAACACACACACACACACACACACACACACACACACACACACACCCUCCUUCUCUAGACUAAAAGCCAAACCACCCUAAAGAAGGUGAUUGACUGUUUCUCACACUCUGAGCUGGGACUGGCAGAGAAGGCAAGAAAGGCACAGGGCGCGCAGCACACAUAGGGACGCAACAAAUGAUAGUUUUAAUUUAAUAGUACAUUCCUGUACACCACAAUUGGAGUACUGCGUACAAUUCUGGUCACCACAUCUUAAAAAGGACAUUAUAGAACUGGAAAAGGUGCAGAAGAGGGCAACCAAGAUGAUCAGAGGCCUAGAGCACCUUUCUUAUGAGGCAAGACUUCAACACCUGGGGCUUUUUAGUUUAGAAAAAAGACGACUGCGGGGAGACAUGAUAGAGGUCUAUAAAAUCAUGCACGGUGUGGAGAAAGUGGAGAGAGAGAAAUUCUUUUCCCUCUCACACAACACUAGAACCAGGGGUCACUCCAUGAAAUUGGUUGCCAGGAGGUCUAGGACCAGCAAAUGGAAGUACUUUUUCACACAACGCGUGAUCCACUUGUGGAACUCUCUACCACAGGACGUGGUGACAGCCAACAACCUGGAUGGCUUUAAGAGGGGUUUGGAUAACUUAAUGGAGGAGAGGUCCAUCAAUGGCUACUUGUCGGUGGGCCACCUCCAGUCUCCAAGGCAAGAUGGCUCUGAGAACCAGUUGCAGGGGAGUAGCAGCAAGAGAGAGGCCAGGCCCUCAACUCCUGCCUGUGGCUUCCAGCAGCAUCUGGUGGGCCACUGUGCGAAACAGGAUGCUGGACUAGGAUGUGCCUUGGGCCUGAUCCAGCAGAGCUGUUCUUAUGUUCUUAUGUUCUUCCUCCAUGGCACAUAUUUUGUGAUGCUUCAAGUCACAUCACUUGAAUUAAGUCUCAGAGCCUUAUGGUGCACCACACUGCACGGAUGUUUGGCAGUUUGCAGUGUUGGGGAGGGGAGUUACCCAAACCUUUGCAAAAGACAGACAGACAUAGCUACAGAGCAAAAGAAGAACUCUGCCCUCCUUUCAACAGUAAUUCACUGAUCCUACAGCCUGAAAUGUAUGCAUGAGCUGCCUGCUUCUCUUGAAACAUAAAAUGCUGUUUAUGGCAGGAAGGGAUAGCAAGGCCCUGCUGUUUUUAUGGUAGGCGUGUCUUCUGAACCUGACAACCCCUAGUUCCUGUGCCAUUUCCUGACUUCCCCCCAACUUUUGCCUGAGAUUCUUCACCCACCUUCAAAUCUUAGUGACAGUUUGAGUGGAGAAUCUCGGCCGGAAGUCAGGAAUCGGCACAGGAACUGGUUUUGAGAGGUAAAAUGUGCACCACCAUUCCAUUGGGAAUGGAAUUUUUCAAACUUUGCCUAUAGCACACAAAUACCUUGUCAGCUCUGUUUCCACAACAAAACACACACUAGUCAGAAUAAAAUCUACCUAGAAGCAGGGCCGUCCCUGUGGGGUUGGGGCAACUCAGCAUGUGCAGGGCCCCCUUAACAUUUCAUAUGAUAACAAAAUCAUACUGAAUGAUGACAUACUGUGUAAAUGGUGUGAGUGAGGUUUUGGGACAUGUCCAACCAGCUUGGACAUAAAGUGCAUUUGUAAGGGGGAAAAUUAAAAGCACAACACAUGUCCCUUGCUUCAUAUUUCUCACUCAGAUAUUCUGGACUGCAAACCAACUUGAGCAUAUUGCAUUUAUUAAAUAAAUAAAUAAAUAAAUGAAGAUAUAGCCCCAUUUUCACUAGGGUGCUUUCUAGCUUAGCUGUUCAACAGUGGCAAAAUGCUUCUGUCCAGGCAAAUUGCAUUCAGAACAUACAUAGCAAAGCGCCCAGAAGGAGGAGCAGUCUUGUGAAAACUUAACAGCGCCCAGAAGGAGGAGCAGUCUUGUGAAAACUUAACAACGCCCAGAAGGAGGAGCAGUCUUGUGAAAACUUAACAACGCCCAGAAGGAGGAGCAGUCUUGUGAAAACUUAACAACGCCCAGAAGGAGGAGCAGUCUUGUGAAAACUUAACAACCCCCCAAAACAACUUUUUUACACCGGAUAUACAAUGUUAUAACACUACAUCACAGCAAUUAAAUUCGAAAUGAGGCAUUGGAAAUAUGAAUGGCACCCUGCGGGUGUGUACUGAGCUCUGGUAGGCAGCCAGCACUGGCCACUCUUCCUCCAGUCCAGGCUGGAGAACUUCAGGCAGGGUCAGGGACUGGGCCCUGGGGAGAGCUUCAGAGCAGCCUGCACUUGCAGAGAGGCCUCCGGAAGCCCCGCACACUCACUGAACAGCUGAGAGCCUGGAGGAGGCUGAAGUCUUCUUCUGGUUUUUCCCAUAGGUGGUUCCAAUCUGGGACUGCAGUGAAUGUGAAAGAAGUCUUCUGAAAUCUAGCAGAGAUGGGACUGGUCUGGUGGUGCCUCUUGCUUCUGGGUAGAGCUCUCCUCUUGUUUCAGGCAGACUGUGAUGGCUCUAUCACACACUCCUUGCUCUUCAUUUACACAUCAGCCUUGGAGCCUGGCCAGGAGCAGCCCAAAUUAUUCAGUGUGGCGAAUCUGGAUGGCUAUCUUGCUAGUUUCUAUGAUAGCAACACAAGAAGGAUUGUGCCUCGAGCCUCCUGGAUGAAGAACUUAGAAGAGGACAGUCCUCAGUACUGGGACUCGCUCACCCAGCGGGCCCUGAUUGGUGAGCGACGGUUCAAAGGGGACCUGAUGAACCUGCAGAAGUACUACAACCAGAGUGGAGGGCAUCACAUUCUGCAGAGCGUGAUCGGCUGUGAGCUGCCUGAGGAUGGGAGGAGCGUGGGGUAUUACCAGUAUGGCUACAAUGGAAGAGACUUCAUCAGCUUUGACAAGGAGACCCUCACCUGGACAGCAGCCGAUACCCAAGCACAAAUGGCCCAGAGGAAGUUGAACACUGACUUGGCCCGUUCCCAGAUCAUUAAGUUCCACCUGGAGAAUCAAUGUGUUGAGGAGCUGCAAAAGUUCUUGGAGUACGGGAAGGAAGCUCUGUCAAAGAACGAGCCCCCAGUAGUGAAGGUGAGACGCAAGGCAGGCUAUGAUGGCUGGGAGACCCUGAUCUGCCGGGUCUAUGGCUUCUACCCCAAGGAGAUUGAUGCCACCUGGAGGAAGGACGGGGAAGUCUGGGAGCAGGACACGUUUCGUGGGUUUGUCAGCCCCAACUCGGAUGGGACAUACCACACCUGGCUGAGCAUCCAGAUUGACCCCAAGGAGAGGGACCACUUCCGGUGCCACGUGGAACAUGACGGCCUGCCGGAGCCUCUGGACUUGGCCUGGGAAGAGCCUGCCACAGGACGGUCCCAUGUGGGAGUCAUUCUUGGAGUCACCUUGGGGACUUUGGCUGUUCUGAUUGCAGUUGGGACAAUCUUCUAUUUCAAAAUACCUCAAGGUGGCUACAUAACCAGCACCAGGACGCAAACAGAUGCCUGACAGCUUCUCCAGGGCAAGUGUGGAGGAAACGCAUGUCCAACUCAAAAAAUUCUAAGGGCAUAUUUCUAAGGUCAAAUUCUAAGGACAGAAACCCGUAAUUUGAAUUCUUUAUUGGCAUUUAGGAGAGCCCUAAAGACCUACCUGUUUGGCCUGGCCUUCUAGGGUUUUUUAAUUGUUUUAAAGAGUUUUUAAUGUAUCGGGUUUUAAUAAGGUUUUGAAUUGUUAUAUAUAUAUUUUUAGCUGUUUUAUUGUAUUUUAAAAUCUUUGUUCCCGAUCAUUGAUUGAUUUUAACUGUUUUGUGAUAUUUGUGAACCACUCUGAGCUAUUCUGUAAUGGCAGUCUAGAAAUUGAAUGAAUGAAUGAAUAAAUAAAUAAAUAAUAUUGGACUCCAGUAAGACCCAGAAUGUUGGCUAACUUGAUGCACAGCCUAACAGAGCCUUAAGGCUCCACACGGGGCUGCAGCAAAGCCACAAGAUAAUCCCUGAUGCUUUUAGAACUUGGCGACUGCAGCAUUACCACCCUUAUCCCCGUUUGUGACUAUGGGGACAAAUAUAGUAACGCUGCUCCUACAGCCGCUGGCUUCAUUACAGCUCCACAUUGAGCCUCAGGGCUCUCUUAGACUGCACAUCAUGUUAAUCAUUGGGAAUAAACAGUUCAGAUUUGUGCUGGCGAUAUGGUGACACAUACUUGGUCCAUUUUUAUAUGGCAUUGUAGGGUGAUUCAGCCUUUUUGGAGUGAAGUAUCUAUCCCUGAGUCACCUUAAGUGGCGCAGUGGGGAAAUGCUUGACUAACAAGCAGAAGGUUGCCAGUUCGAAUCCCCCGCUGGUACUCUAAUCGGGCAGCAGCAAUAUAGGAAGAUGCUGAGACAUUAUCUCAUACUGCGUGGGAAGAGGCAGUGGUAAAUUCUUCCUGUAUUCUACCAAAGAAAACACAGGGCUCUGUGGGUGCCAGGAGUUGAAAUCAACUUGAUGGCACACUUUACCUUUACCAACCCUAGGAAUUUUCCUUCUGUUGGACCUCAGAGUAUCAGAGACUUUAUUCAUCCUUGGUCUCUUCUUCCUCCAUCUGAGUUCUAAGAGGAUCAAAGCCAAUGGGUCACCAGGUCUUUAUUAAUAGCCAAAAGAUGUGUUCUCCAGUCUUGGAAAACCAUCCAGAUGAGUGAUAUGAUCACUUUGACUUUCACAUUUAUGCAGCUAGUAUCUUGGUGCAACUAGUAUCCUGUCAUGACUUCUACACUCCUGUACCACUGCAUGGUACAGUGGAGAGGAGAGCUGGUCUUGUGGUAGCAAGCAUGACUUGUCCCCUUAGCUAAGCAGGGUCUACCCUGGUUGCAUAUGAAAGGGAGACUACAAGUGUGAGCACUGUAAGAUAUUCCCCUCAGGGGAUAGGGCCACUCUGGGAAGAGCAUCGAGGUUCCAAGUUCCCUCCCUGGCAGCAUCUGCAAGAUAGGGCUGAGAGAGACUCCUGCCUGCAACCUUGGAGAAGCUGCUGCCAGUCUGUGAAGACAAUACUGAGCUAGAUGGACCAAUGGUCUGACUCAGUAUAUGACAGCUUCCUAUGUUCUAUAUGUUAUAUGAGCCUUUGUAACUUUAGCACAGAGAAUUGUACAUGGGGGUUGGGGGGCAGGAUCUCAGGGGCCCUCUUGCUGUACUAAAACUUCAAUAAAGCAUUGAUUUUUUACAAGGGGCAUCCUGCCAUGGCAUAGAUAAGCUGUAAUUGUCCCUGGGCCUCUGAAGGAGGGAGGCCCAUUGGAAGGGUGACGGCUUGUUCUUCACGCUUUACUACUGAUGCUGGAUGAAUCCUAUGAGGUGAUUGUAGUCGCUGUCUGGGUUUAAUAAAAAGCUCCUGAGCUAGGGAAAUAGGUGCACACAAGUGUGCGUGUGAAAGUGUCUGCGUGUGUGUGAGGCUGAGCUCCAUCCGGAGGGCCAGGCAGACUGAUUGAAGGAACAAGCAGCUAAGCCCAGAGCUUGGAAGGCAGGACCCCGCUGAGCCCAAAUGCUGCAACCAGCUACAGGUAUGAGAAGCGUCUUAGGAGGAAUCCACCUGGAGAGAAAGAGAGCAAAUGAAGAAAGGGUGUAGCUGGAGAAGGAAGAGAGGGAGGAAGGAGAGGAAGGUAGGAGAAAAGAGAGGGAAGCAGACAAGCAGAGACUUCUCCCUCGGCAGGAAUACAUUCAGAGAGGCUUGCACUGCAACCAGGAAACCUGCCAAGGAGACAUAUGUAGGGCCUUUUGGCAGUCGUGUUGAGAACCUGGGUGAAACUUGGACCAGAGGAAGGGUGUGACUUUGCAACCUCUCUGCCCAAAGAGUCUGGAGCAGCACUUCCCUGGAUCUUCUUCAAAAGAUGGGAUCCAGAUUCUAUGAAAAACAGGGUGUCUUUAAAGACUGUGAAAUGGAGGAAUUGACUCAUGAGUGGUAAAACCUCUGAUUAAUAAAGAGCUUUAACUUAC